AUGACUAAACCAGUCGAAGAGAUCGGGGUUCAAAAGCCAAUUUCAACUCCUAAAGAAUUGGACAGCGACCACUCAGAAUUACAACAAGACCGCCAUAGCCAAACGGAUUCAUGUCAGAAUCAGUCUGAACCCCCCAAAGGUUGGUUCCACUGGCAUGAGCCCGGCACUUCAAAGGCCGACAAAAAACUCAUUUUCAAACUCGACUGGUUCCUUCUGAGCUACAGCUGUCUGUGCUUUUUCAUCAAGCAGUUAGAUGGAAACAAUAUAUCCAAUGCCUAUGUCUCCGGCAUGCAAGAGGAGCUUGGGUUUGGACCAGGAAACGAACUCAGCUGGAUGAACACCUAUUUUAACAUUGGCGCGAUUGUCGGAGGGCCAAUCUCAAACAUGGCCUUGACCAUGAUCCGACCGCGAUACUGGCUGCCUGGCUGUCUGCUUACCUGGUCGCUCUUCGUACUGUUCUUGUACAAAUGCAACAAUGCAUCCGCGUUCUACGGUCUUCGGUUCUGUAUUGGGUUCUUCGAGUCCGCCGCCUGGCCUGGAAUCCAGUACGUCCUUGGAUGUUGGUAUCGCCGAUCUGAACUCGCGCGCCGAAGUGGUCUCUUCGUCGUGUCCGGUGUCCUGGGACAGAUGUUCUCGGGCUACCUGCAAGCAGCACUGUUCAAAGACAUGGAUGGGAAAGCUGGAUUGUCGGCGUGGAGAUGGCUUUUCAUCUUCGAUUUCAUCCUCGCCAUCCCGGUGGUUAUCUACGGCUUUAUAUUCUACCCCGAUACGCCUCACAACACGACGGCCUUCUAUCUCUCGGAAUGGGAGAGGAAUCGCGCUCGCCAGAGAAUCGACGAAGAAGGCCGAACUCCCGUUGGCAAAUUGGACCGCUCUGUCUUCAAGCGCAUCUUCUUGUCAUGGCAAUUAUAUGCUUUUUCCGUCGGAUACGCAUUGUGGUCUCUCACAUGUGGUUCAUACGUGAUGCAGUUCUUUGGCCUUUGGCUUAAAUCGCUAAAGACAUACACCGUCCCUGAGAUUAACAGCAUCCCUACUUCCAUGGGAGCCAUCAACUUUUUCUUCAUGAUUGGUACGGGAUAUGUCGCCGAUAAAAUUGGCCGGCGAGGACCCGUCUGUUUCGCAGUCGGGUGUCUUCUGACAUUCUGUUUUGCUGUUUUCACGGCUUGGCCUUCAUCAAAUGGGUUGAAAAUGGCCGCUUUCAUUCUUUCCGGCUGCUACGGAUGUUAUACGCCUCUACUUGCUGGUUGGGUCAAUGCGUCAUGCGGUGGAGAUCAACAACUGCGAGCAUUUGUCUUGGCGUUUAUGGUCAGUCUUGGAUCGGCUGUUGUUAUUCCAUUCCAGCAGUUGCAGUUCCCUAGUGGACAGGCGCCAAAAUUCACCAAGACACACGGCUGGGUUAGUGGGCUGUGUUUUGUUGUGGCAUUGAGUCUAUGGACUGGAUUUGGAAUCGAGAUUGUCGAACGGAUUAUGACACGUGGGAAGCGCAAGGAGAGCCUACCUAAGGAGGAAGAUGUAUGA